UGGUGGCCACGUGUGCGGCCAUGGCGGGCGGGCUGGAGCCUGACCUGGCGGCGCUGCGGCGGGAGCUGAGCGGCCCUGCCGCGCUCUCUGUGCUCAUCGCGCUCAUCGCCGUCGCCGUCACCUUCCUGAUCUGGCGGUUCGUGCAGGGCAGGAGGAGCAGCAGGAAGGCCGUACUGCUGCUGGGCCUCUGCGACGCGGGGAAGACGCUGCUCUUUGCGCGGCUGCUGUCAGGCAGAUACCGAGACACCCAGACCUCGAUCACCGACAGUUCGGCCACGUACCGGGUCAGCCGGGACAAGGGCACCAAUGUGACCUUGAUCGACCUUCCAGGCCAUGAGAGUUUGAGGCUCCAGUUCUUGGAGAGGUUCAAGGCUGCAGCCAGAGCCAUCGUGUUUGUGGUGGACAGUGUGGCCUUCCAGCGGGAGGUGAAGGACGUGGCAGAGUUCCUGUACCAGGUCCUGGUCGAUGGCACUGUCCUCAAGAACGCGCCCGCGCUGCUCAUCGCCUGCAACAAGCAAGAUGUCACAAUGGCAAAAUCAGCAAAACUUAUUCAACAGCAGCUGGAGAAAGAGCUCAAUACCUUACGGGUGACCCGCUCCGCAGCCCCCACCAGCCUGGACAGCUCAGGGGGUCCUGCCCAGCUGGGCAAGAAGGGCAAGGACUUCGACUUCUCCCAGCUGCCUAUGAAGGUGGAAUUCGUGGAGUGCAGUGCUCGGGGCAGCAAGGGGGAGGAGGGAGAUGCUGACUUGGAGGGCCUGGAGAAAUGGCUGGUGAAGGUCGCCUGAACAGGAAAGGGGGCAGGACACUUGGGGGCUGAAGGGAAGAAGAUGGUCUGGAGCACUUAAAUCUCAUCUGGCUGUAGAAAGAAGGACCUGAAGCUGGAAUUCAGCACUAUGGGAGAUUUUCCCAGAUUGUGUCUCAUUGCACAUUGCAGUGUCCUACUGCAGGAAUAUUUUUCCCUUCUUUUUUGUGACUUUCUCUUGUUUUAGAGUUGAGAGAGUGGCUGGCUCCUGGCAGACCCUUUUUGUCCUUUGCAGACCCCUCCUCUCCAGUUUGGUCCUUCCUCCAUCGCUCAGCUCAUCUGUUGUGUUCUUUUCUUUGGGGCUUUCCCUGCCUCCCGUAGCAUUACAAAGUUUUGGGAAGAGCAGGAACAGCCCUCCCAAAGCCCUUUGCCCAUAACAAAGCUGAUCCUUGCAUUUCUGCUCUUGGGAACCCAGUAGCUCUUCCACUAUCCAUGCAGGAGGUGGGGAGGGUUAUAUUUACCAAGGAUAUUAUAUUCUAUUUCCUGCAGCCAGAGUCUUGUCAGAACAUGUUUGUCAUGCUUUAAGCUCAUUUAGCUGAAGAUCCAAGGCUACCUGCUUCAAAUCCAUGGUGCCCAGGUGGUUUUGGGCAAAAAAUUGCUGUUUCUUUGGGUGGUUGUUCUUGUGAAGAUGCAUCUCCUUGAAAAGCAGAGGCCAAGCACCAGCCUCUGUGUAAGGGGGAUGGAAAGGUACCAAUGAGGCCAUGGUUGGUUUUAAGUAAUUUUUUAAAAGUAUUCCUGAAAUAAAUUUUUUUUUUUGCUUAAAUGUU